UUUCCUGAAAGCCCGGCGAAUGACGCUGUCCCCGGCGCGUAGAAUACGAAACGCCAAACUGCUGCGGAGAAAUUUAGCUAUCAAAGACAUGGAGGUGCACGGCGAGGAGAGACUGUGUGGGAAAUGGAAGUUUGCCUGUGGUUUGUACAGUUACAACUUGAGGGAUGUGUUCACAUGGCGUCUGCUGAAGACCAUCUUCAUGGGGCAGGUCCUGUCCCUGCUGAUCUGUGGGACGGCAGUGAGCUGUCAGUACCUGGUCACUGCUGGGGUGGAGACGCCCAUGCUGCAGAGCUUCUUCAACUACGCCCUGCUGCUCCUCGUCUACACGACCACCCUCUGCACCCGCAAAGGCGAGAGGAACAUCUUGCAGGUUUUAAAAACCAAGUGGUGGAAGUAUCUGCUGAUGGGUGUGGCAGAUGUCGAGGCAAACUAUGCGGUGGUGAAGGCCUACCAGUUCACCACCCUGACAAGUAUACAGUUAGCCGUCGUGCUCGACUGUGUGUUGCAGCUGCUGGACUGCUUUGUGAUCCCCGUGCUGAUGGUGCUUUCCUGGUUCCUGCUGAAGACUCGCUACAGGCUGGUGCACUUUGUCGCCGUGGCGGUGUGCUUGUUGGGGGUGGGCGCCAUGGUGGGAGCCGACAUCGUUGCAGAAAGACACCAGGGAUCCACCAGUGACGUGGUGCUGGGAGACGGCCUGGUCCUGCUCAGCGCCGUCCUCUAUGCCGUGUCCAACGUGGGCCAAGAGUACACGGUGAAGAACUUGAGCCGGGUCGAGUUCCUGGGCAUGAUGGGCCUUUUCGGGACCCUCAUCAGCGGCAUACAGCUAGCCGCCUUGGAAACGCGCGCAGUGGCGGCCAUUAAAUGGGACCUUUGCAUCUCCGUGCUGUUUGCGGUCUACGCUCUGUGCAUGUACGCGCUGUACAGCUUCAUGCCCGUGGUGGUGAAGAUGACCAGCGCCACGGCGGUCAACCUCUCCCUGCUCACCGCCGACCUCUUCAGCCUCUUCUGUGGCCUCUACUUCUUCCACUACGCGUUUUCCACGCUGUACAUCGUCUCGUUUCUCGUCAUCACCGUGGGUUUCGUCAUGUUCAACGCCGCUCCCACCUACUCCGCUCUGCCGGAGUCCGGCUCCGACGAGGACGACGGCGGCGCCGACCUGACGGCCGAGAGCUCCUCGGACCGCCGAAUGUCCGCAGGCGGAGACACUCCGGGCGCCGAGACGCUGCCGGCUGCGCUGUGACAAGUGUCCAAGGUGUAGUGUACCGGUUGGACAAGAGACGCCAGUGUACAAGUACACGUUUUCACAUCAGCCGCCACUUUACGUCAUUUUAAGGAAUUUGAAAGCGAUCACAAAGUUGUAUUCUUGUUGCCUAUGGUGCCGUUACAAUUUUUAUUUGGUAAGUUACCAGACAAACUGUAGAUCGCAAGGUUUUUGUUUUUUUUUGGAUGGUGAAAAGCAUGUUGACGUGCAGAGGUUUCCCUUUUUUACAAUUAAAUAGAUUUUCAUAUUAAACUGGGUUUUCAUUCUUUUCCAAUGACUUGACCCAUGUGUCUGUUUGGUUGUUGUGAUAAUUACCUGUAAUGUGUGUGUUUUUUAUGCCUCUGGUCAAAGUUCUGUUCUUGUUCUUGUUUUCUUAAACACUACUUCUCA